AAUCUGUUUUUUUAUUUACAAAUUUGUUAAAUAAAGUUAAAAAACUGAAAAUUUAGACAAUAAAAAAUGGUGGAUCACAAUUCUUGUUUUGUUUCUUCUUCCGGAGUACCUAACUAACUGCCGGCGAAUCCAUGGCUUCCCUCUCUUCUCCGGCCCUCUCUAACCCCCGCCCUCUGCCGAACCUCUAUCACAAUCUCCGUCAACCUUUAACUCUGCGCACAUCCAACGCUCUCAAUUUCUCCGUCAAAGCCAACGCCGGUCCGCCACCAAUUCCGCCGCCGUCAUCGGCGGAGGAGAAGAAGUCGUUUGCGGUUGCCACAGGCGAGCUUUUCCUCGGAAUCGCGUCGCGCAUUCUGAACCGUCGAGGCGGUGGUAGUGCCGGAAUCAGCAAUGCGGAUGAAAGUGGGGAGAUUAGGGCAUCCGAGAGAGUUGCGAUGUUAGAGGAUGAUUCAGAGAGGGAGAGUUAUGUUUGGAAGAGAAGGAAGGAGGGAAUUGCGUCGGUGGUGGAGGAUCCGGUCCAGCCUGAGGUUUUGUGGGAGCAGAGUGUGAAGGAUGUGGAAGCCGAGCGGCGGCGGAAGGCGGUCACUACCCCCGGAUUCAGCUUCUCUGCUGCUGGGCUCUUGUUUCCAUAUCAUCUUGGGGUAGCUCAUUUUCUUAUCGAGAAAGGAUAUAUCAAGGACACAACACCGUUAGCCGGUUCAUCUGCGGGUGCUAUUGUUUGUGCAGUAAUAGCAUCUGGAGCGACAAUGCUAGAAGCACUAAAAGCAACAAAAGUAUUGGCAGAAAAUUGCCGGCUUAGGGGAACUGCAUUUCGCCUUGGGGCUGUUCUCAGAGAUAGUUUAGUGGAACUUUUGCCAGAUGAUAUUCAUAUUAGGUGCAAUGGAAGAGUUCGCAUUGCGGUCACGGAGAUACUUUGGUGGAGGCCAAGGGGUUUGCUGGUUGAUCAGUUUGAUUCUAAAGAGGAUCUCAUAAAUGCUGUAAUGACAUCUUCUUUUAUUCCCGGAUAUCUUGCACCAAGACCUGCCACAAUGUUCCGAAAUCGACUUUGCAUCGAUGGGGGUUUGACAUUAUUCAUGCCACCAACUUCUGCAUCUGAAACAGUGCGCAUCUGUGCUUUUCCCGCAAGCCGGCUAGGAUUGCAAGGAAUUGGGAUUAGUCCCGACUGCAAUCCUGAAAAUAGAGCUAGCCCGCGACAGCUCUUCAAUUGGUCACUGGAGCCAGCAGAGGACGAGAUUCUCGACAACCUCUUUGAGCUCGGGUAUGCAGAUGCGGCCGUGUGGUCACAAGGAAACCCGGCGGGGGAUGUAGUUCAAGAAGAUCACAAUUCCAGUUUACAGAAUAAACUUCAACAGUAGUUUAUAUAGCAGUAGCUCAAUAGUCUUAAUUAAUAGGUUGUUUGUAUUAUUACCAUAUACUAUUAUGAAGAAAGAUGAUGAGCCGAGGAAAGAAGGGUACUUUAUUUGCUUAACAUUUUGUGUAGCAAGGUGUAUGUUAAAUGCUACCAAAAAUCCCAGAACUGGGGGCUAAGU